AUGUCUGACGCCGCCGUUGUUGAAGCCACCGCCUCCCCAGUUGCCGCUGUUGAGAAAAAGGCACCAAAAAAAGCCGCUGCCAAAGCAAAGAAGCCAUCAGCUGCCCCUACCCACCCUCCAACCCAGCAAAUGGUUGAUGCCGCCAUCAAGACCCUGAAGGAACGUGGAGGUUCAUCAUUGCCCGCCAUCAAGAAAUACUUGGCCAGCACCUACAAAGUAGAUGCCCAAAAAUUGGCCCCCUUCAUCAAGAAGUACUUGAAAGGUGCCGUUGCCAGUGGAAAAUUGAUCCAAACUAAAGGUAAGGGUGCUUCUGGUUCAUUCAAAUUGUCUGCUUCGGCCUCUAAGGAACCCAAAGCUAAGACUGCUGAAAAGAAGAAGAAGGCCCCAGCCGCUGGUGACAAAAAGAAGAAGGCUGCCGCCCCUAAAAAGGCCGCUGGUGAGAAGAAGGCAGCUGCCAAAAAACCCUCUGCCGCCAAGAAGACCGCUGAAAAGAAGAAGGCCGACAAAACAAAGGCAAAGGCUGCCAAGAAAACCGGUACAGUUAAAGCUAAACCAGCAAAGACCGCCGCCAAAGCAUCUGCCACUAAACCAAAGGCACCCAAGGCAAAAACUGCAGCUGCUAAGCCCAAAAAGGCCGCAGCAGCAAAGAAGCCAGCUGCUAAGAAAACCGCCGCCAAGAAGUAA